AUGGUGCAGAAGACAUUUGCGGAAGAGACAAACGCCCCCAGGGGAGCAGCAUGGAUGGACGAGAAGUCGGAGGAAGAAGAAGGGAGUGAACAGCAGAGGGCGGGAUGCUAUCAGAAGGCUUGGAUCUAUCCCGAGUUGCCCUGGGGAGCGCCGCCGUCAUGGAAUGAGAACCACCUGUUCUCUUCCAAGUUCUUGGCCAUCUGGGAGUGCCUCACGUGCAUGGCUUGCUUGUACAUCGCAUUCAUCGUGCCGUAUCUUGCUGGAUUUGAUGAUCACAAAGCAGAGCAAUACGCCUUGUUCAAGAGAUGUGGCAUCAAAUAUGCGGGACAGGAUGUUUAUGGAACUCUCUUUGCUCUCAUCGACCUGACUUGCGAUGUGAUGUUUGUCGUCGACUUGAUCCUCAACUUUCAUAUCGCGUACUGGAAGAUAGACAACCGGGGACGAGAGCAUUGGGUGUUGGUUGAUGACUUGAAGACAAUUCGCUCUCAAUACUUGAGAACGAACUUCUUGACGGAUCUUGUUGGCGUGUUGCCUUGGCAAUACCUCGAUUGUGCCGAACUGCCAACUAACUUCAAGAUCCUGAGGCUUUUUCGCCUCUUGAAGCUCUUCAGGCUCUAUCGACUUCGACGAGCAAUCAAGCUCAUCUACUUCAAGUAUCCAAGAAGCGUUUUCUUCUUCACGGGAAUAGAGCUAUUUGUUUCUAUGUUCUUAGUCGCGCACUGGUUGUGCUGCGCCUGGUUCUAUGUCGGGGUGAAGACCAAGGGAUGGGUGGUAGCACAGCAUAUCAUGGACGAGAAUGGUGAAUUUGUGUCCGACGACUUGCUGUAUCAAUGGGUCACUUCAAUCUAUUGGGCGAUCACCACCAUGACAACGAUCGGUUAUGGCGACAUUUCUGCAACUACGGAGCAGGAACGAGAGCUGGCGUGCCUGGUGAUGGUCAUUGGAUGCGCCUUCUUUGCUUGGAGCACCGGAAAGAUCACUCAGAUGUUGACGGAUCAGAAACGUUGCCAGAUAAGGUUCCGAGACAAGCUGGAUGAGCUCUCAGGGUUCGUCAAGGCAAGAGACCUCCCAGAAGAGCUCGUGCAACAGAUCAAAUCGUUCUACAUGUUGAAGUUUCCCGCCAUGCGCAUCUUCGAUGAAGACGCUAUCUUCGCGGACCUGCCGAGCGGGCUCAGCAAGGCGGUCAAGGUGGAGCUUUUCAAAGAUAUCGUGCUGCAGUGUCCUCUCUUCCAUGCCGUUGAGCGAUCGAUCGCGAUCGAGAUCUGCUCCUGCCUCAAGCAAGUCUACGUCACAGGGGAUGUGGAGAUCACGUCAGAGGGAGAGAUAGCAGACGCCAUGUACAUCGUCCGCUUUGGGCUUGUGGGGCUGUGGGUCCACGGGCAAGAGAUCAGCGUAGCUCGACGGUGA